AUGGGUCGAUCCAAGCGGCCAGGGGCGACCCUGGCAGAGCAGCUUGCUGAUCUCGAAGACCCUGCUCCAAAAGGUGUGCUAAUUGAUUUGCGCGAUCACCUUUCUCCUGUUCCGCCUUUCGUACAGUUUAUGACUGACUCGUUCUAUCUAGACUUCGACCCGGAAGACCCAGACCUUGGAGCGCCCAGCAGUGAUGACGAGUCUGCGUCCGAAGUAGACGAAAAUGCGGGCCGGGAGCAUUACCAGGCUGUAGGAAAAUCGAAAUUGCGCAAACCAGAGACUAUCAAACUCGGAAAGGAGUAUGCUGGCGCGCGUGUGAGCAGAGAAGCCCUGGAGGCUGAUGACAGCGACGACGACCCUUUCCGACGACGGGGCUCCGACGAGGAUGACCUCGAAGGCUCAGAGGAAGAUUCCGAAGAGGAGGACGAGGAGGAGGACGAGGAGGAGGACGAGGAGUUGGAUGAAGAGGAUGAGGAUAUUUCGGGAGAGUCGGAAGAGGAGGACAGUGUGACAGAGAAAGAGCGCCAGAGGGCCAGGAAGAAAGCGUUGCGACCGGCAGAUGACGACGCCAGCGUGGAUGGGAUGGAAACAGGCGAAGAGGGCAGCGAGAGCACUUCAGACGAGGAGUCAGAUGAUGACGAGGAUCUUUCGGACGAUCUCUCAGACUCCGACGAGGAUGAUUCCCACAGACCUAACGGUGUUCCUGUGUCUGAUGACCGCGAGGAGCUGCGGAGGUUGAUGGCCACGGACCAGAAGACGGUUGCUGCGACUAUUUCCCAAGCUGCCAAGGCAGACGCAGCCAAGGGAUUUGCUGUGAAGCAGCAACGUUCGACCUUUGACGCCCUCCUCAAUGCCAGAAUCAAGCUGCAGAAGGGGUUGAUGGCCAUCAACGAACUGCCUAGCAGUUUGGAGGACAAUGCUACCGUGGACGAAGAGGCCAUCAAAUCGGCAGAGUCAGCCGCCUUGGCUCUGUGGUCCACGCUGGAGGAGUUACGACUGACGCUGGCGGACGUCCAGUCCAAGGACCCGUCCAAGAAGCGAAAGAGACCUCCCCCUGUCUCUGCUACAACGUCCUCUGAAUCUCUAUGGAAGCGCAUGGCCGAACUCGAGUCGGAUUCGGUGUCCCAUCGCCGUGCCAUCCUCGAAAAGUGGUCCCUCAAAGUCCGUGGCUCCAGUGCAACUCUUCCCAACUCUCGAGGGAAGCUUCUUGGUGGCAGUGGAGCUGGUCAGCAGACGAUCACUGCGGUCCUUGACGCCCAGAUUGCCUCCGAGUCGUCCGGAGACCGGGCUUCUAAGCGGGCACGGAUGGCCAGCAGCGCAAAUUCAGACUCCCCCAAGGAGCCUGUUUACGAUGAUACAGUGUUCUAUCAAUCUCUACUCCGCGACCUGGUCGAACAGCGCAUGUCUUCGUCGGAUGCCCUGACCAACGGGAUCGAUUCGCUGCACGUGCAGCUUCCAGUGAACCCGGUGUCGGGCAUGCGCAAAGACAAGGUGAAGAAGGUCGUCGACACAAGGGCCUCUAAAGGUCGGAAGAUGCGAUUCAACGUUCACGAGAAGCUGCAGAACUUCAUGGCGCCCGAAGACCGAGGCACGUGGAGCCUCCGUGCGCGGGAAGAGUUCUUUGCAUCUCUGCUGGGCAGGACAGCGAGCGGACUGCUGGGGGAGGACGAUGACGAGGCUGACGGUAACGGAUCGGGAUCGGAAUCAGAUGCAGAAGAGGGUGGACUGCGGCUUUUCCGGAGUCAAGCCUAA